AUGGGUGAAAAGAAUGCAGCAGUGCAUUUGGAAAUUGUGAAAGAUAUAAAGCAGGAUCUGGAUGAACACAAUGUGUUGGUGAAAUCAUUUCGCUGUGCCAAGGGUCAUAUUGACUCAAAUUCAGGAGUAGAUUUCAAAAUGAGGUUAAUUGGUAAGCGAAAUGGUUAUGCAAGGACAUACAACCUACCAUCGGUGUCAGAGGUUGCUGCUCUUAUCGUGGGUGACAUUGAUCCAACUAUGGGUUCCAGGGAUAUUUUGGUUGAGACUAAUUCAGGUGGUCUAAAGAGGAUAAAUGAGCUUAACCCUGCUUACCUUCCUUUGCAAUAUCCGAUUCUUUUCCCGUAUGGUGAAGAGGGCUAUAGAGAGGAUAUCCUAUUCAAUGCAGUUCGAAUCAAGCAAAGUGGGGGUCGAUGUCGUGUAUCGCAGCGUGAGUUCUUCGCUUACAGGAUACAUGAGAGGUUUAACGAUUUGUCCACAAUCCUAUAUGCACGGAGACUUUUCCAACAAUUCCUGGUAGAUGCCUACACAAUGAUUGAGUCCAGCAGGCUUAUGUAUAUUAGAAAUAAUCAAAAGACCUUGAGAUGUGAAGCAUACAAAGGCCUUUCAGAUGCGUUGACCAGAGGAGAAGUUGAUACUAGCAAACAAUGCAGGCUCCUUAGGUCACCUUCCCUCCAUGCAAGCCCGUAA